UUCCGUUUCCGGCCGCGCGCCCCGCCCCUCUCUUGGAUGAGUCGUGUUGUGCCGCUUUCUGGCGAUGAGGAGCGCCCCAAACCCGAGGUUCUAUGGCAGCCGCGGGGUCUGUGAAGGCGGCGUUGCAGGUGGCCGAGGUGCUGGAAACCAUCGUGAGCUGCUGCGUAGGGCCCGAGGGGCGGCAGGUUUUGUGUACGAAGCCCACUGGCGAGGUGCUGCUCAGCCGGGAUGGAGGCCGCCUCCUGGAGGCGCUACACUUAGAGCAUCCCAUAGCCAGGAUGAUAGUGGCCUGUGUUUCCAGUCAUCUCAAAAAAACAGGAGAUGGUGCUAAAACAUUUAUUAUCUUUCUUUGCCAUUUGCUUAGAGGACUUCAUGCAAUCACAGACAGAGAAAAGGAUUCUUUGAUUUGCGAAAAUAUUCAAACCCAUGGAAGGCAUUGGAAAAAUUGCUGUCAGUGGAAAUUUAUUUCCCAAAGUCUUCUAAUGUUUCAGACACAAAUAUUAGACUGUAUUAUGGACCAGUACUUAAGUAGACACUUUUUGUCUAUCUUUUCUUCUGCUAAAGAGAGAACAUUGUCAAGGAGUUCUUUAGAAUUGCUCUUAGAAGCUUACUUUUGUGGAAGAGUGGGAAGAAAUAAUCAGAAAUUUAUUUCACAAUUGAUGUGUGACUAUUUUUUCAAGUGUAUGACUUGUGAAAGUGGGAUUGAUGUAUUUGAGUUAGUGGAUGACUGUUUUGUAGAGUUGAGUGUUGGUGUCACUGGUCUUCCUGUUUCAGAUUCCAGGAUUGUAGCUGGGCUUGUGCUUCACAGAGAUUUUUCUGUGUACUGCCCAGCAGAUGGUGACAUAAGAAUAGUGAUGGUAACAGAAACCAUUCAGCCUCUUUUUUCAACUUCUGGAUCAGAGUUUAUUCUAAAUUCAGAAGCACAAUUUCAAACAUCUCAAUAUUGGAUUAUGGAAAGGACAAAAGCAAUAAUGAAACAUUUACAUAGUCAGAAUGUAAAAUUGCUCCUAUCUAGUGUGAAACAACCAGAUUUAGUUAUUUAUUAUGCAGGACUGAAUGGCAUAUCAGUGGUGGAGUGUUUAUCAUCAGAAGAAGUUACUCUUAUCCAAAGGAUCAUUGGUCUUUCUCCAUUUGUACUACCACAGGCCUCUUCACAGUGUGAAAUCUCUAACACUGCUUUGGUGAAAUUUUGUAAACCCCUCAUCCUUAGAUCCAAAAGGUAUGUUCAUCUUAGCUUGGCUAGCACAUGUGCGUUUAUACCACACUGUAUAGUUCUUUGUGGACCAGUGCAAGGUCUUAUUGAACAACAUGAGGGUGCUUUACAUGGAGCAUUUAAAAUGCUUCGGCAGUUAUUUAAAGAUCUUGAUCUAAAUUACAUGACAGAAGCCAAUGACCAAAAGGAUACUUCAAGUCCUCUUAUUUCUAAGAAUAGUAGAGAAAGUAAUCAGUUACCAGAAAUUGGUAAUGGGUCACUACAAAAUCCCUGUCAGGACACAGCUGUAAAGAACAAAGAUAAAUUGGAAAAAACUCAAACAUAUUUAAAAGUAAAUUCAAAUUUAGUAGUUUCAAAUGCAGAAUUAGAAACAUAUAUUCCAUGUUCAACAGCAAAACUGACACCAACAGGUACAUUCCAAACAGAUGAAACACUUAGAUGUUUAUCUUUGGGAAAAAACAUAAUAAUUGACAAUUGUGAACCAUUAAUUGAGAGUAAUUCCGCUGUUCAUUCAACAACAGAAAACACUAGAAUAGAAAUUUCUUAUGAAAAUUUACCAGUCACAAAAAUUGCUGGAAAGGGGACCAUGUUACCAGUGAGAUGUAAGUUACUGGAUAUGCGUACUUCCCAGAGUUACUAUUCUUCAUCUAUGCCAGCAGGUUGUGUUUUGCCAGUAGGUGGUAAUUUUGAAAUCUUGUUACAUUACUAUCUUCUCAAUUAUGCCAAAAAAUGCCAGCAAUCGGAAGAAACCAUGGUUAGUAUGAUAGUAGCCAAUGCACUUUUAGGCAUUCCCAAAAUCCUUUAUAAAUCUAAGAAGGGAAACUACAGCUUUCCACAAGUAUAUAUAAGAGCUCUCCAUGCACUGCAAACCAAUCAGCUCUUAGUAAGCAGUAAGACAGGUUUGGAAUCAGUAGCUGGUAAAUACCAGCUACUAACAUCAGUUCUUCAGUGUUUGACAAAAAUAUUAACCAUUGACUUGGUAAUCAAUGUUAAGAGACAACCUCAGAAAGUUUAUGAUCAAGAUUCAGAAGAUGAACUAUAGCAUCAGAAAGUUUUCAUUAAUCAACCUUUUACUUUUUGAGACAGGGUCUUGUUCUGUGUUAGUCUGUAUAGGUUUAGGGAUCAUUCUUUAUAGACAUUUCUUUAUAGUUUCUUUUACUCUUCUAUAUCUUUUUGCUCCAUCUCGCCUUUUUCACCUUUAUAUAUUUAGUUCAUGGAAUUAUUUAAUCUCAGACUUGAAUGGGGUUUUAAAAUGUCAUCUUAUUUUAAUUGUUUACAAUAUAAAUGUUAAUUUGUUCUAUAAAAAUUUUUCAUACUCAUAAUUUGUAAAGCAAUGAGUAAAAAUUUUGUUCAAAAAAGGUAUAAAUUUUUACUUUUAUGUGGCCCUUGGUUUAUUACCAUUUUAUUUGGAAAAACUUGGAUGGAUUUUCACCAUCCAUAUACCAUUGAAUAUAUGUUACCAGAAAUAUGACUGUGCAUCGUGAACUCAUUUUCAUCUUUGUAGUUAAUAGUUAAUACCAUAAAGAAUAUGAAAUUCAUAAUUCGAUUUUUUUCCUGGUCCCUAAAAGCUUGUAAAGAUAUUUUUAAGUGUUUGAUAGUUUUUCUUGUGUUUAGUGCAUAGCCAGAAUUCCAUGGUAACAAAUUUGAUAAUUCUUAUUUCUAAUGUGAAUUUACAAAUGUUCUUAUUUUAUUGUAAAAGCUUAUAAAUGCAAAUAAUACAUGCCUCUAGCCAUGGAUAAGAAGAAUGUCUUCUACUUUUAGCAGUUCUCUGUAACACCCAAAAUAGUGCUGUUUAUACCAAGUAUUCAGAAUUGCAUGUUGAAUAAAACAAGUGUUAUCUUUAAUCUGUUCCUCUAAAUACAUGCUUCCAAUCUACUUAUUCAACAAAUUCUUAUUUAGUUGGGUUAAGAUUGAAUUUAGGAAAACUGAAGAAAAAAUCUUUAAUUAUAGUUGAAUAAGUAGUGACUAGUAAUGUAUUUGAAAAAACUAACAUCCUAUCAUGAUCUUUUGUAUUAAGUAUAGUUUUGCUUUUAAAGAUUUAUGCUGUGAUACAUUAUUUCUGUGAACAUGGAGAGAAUAAAUUAACUCUGCGUCCUUUACUGAAUUCAUAGAUGAAUGAACCUACUUUAAAAUGGCUGUGUAAUUUUUUCCUUUUUUUUUAAUUGCCUGUCAGAUCAUUUUGCUUUAUUUUGUUGUUGUUAUUGUUGCUGCUGCUGCUUUAAACACUCCUCCAUCACUGAAGGCAUUUAAAGACUUUUCCAGGCAUGCCCAAGUGCUUUGCAUAUGAUAAGCAUUUAUAUAGUCAUGAGUCCAGUAGCCCUUUUGUAGUUUUGGCACCCGGUCAAAUAUCUUGCACACAAUAGAUAUCCAAUAAGUGUCUGUUGAGGACCUAUUUGAUGAAUGAAUUAGCCCAUUUCGUCCUCCAUAGAUGAGGUUAUAAUUAUUUCUAUAAACUUUCAAGGGCAAAGGAUCUGUUUUGGGGAGAAGAAACAGAACAUGUAGAACAGAUCUACACAAAGUAAUCUUUUUUCUUUUAAUUAAGAAAAUCCCUCAAAAUGAUGAUAAAGCUUUCAUAGGUUAUCCUUAUUUACAGAAUAACACCAGGGAGUUUGCAUCAGUGAGUUAGAUAGCAGAGCACUUUUAAACAUGUAAUUACAUUAUACUUAACACUAUCAACCACAAAGGAUUUGACAUGACCUACAAUAAAAACAGACCAAAAAAAGUAGACCUGUUUUACAGAAAAACAAAACUACACACACACAAUUAUGGUAAAAUCUGAAUGAAAAUUAAAGAAUCAAGACCAGGGAAAAUGUAAAGAAAAUUUAAGGUUAAGAUCAUGUUCCUAUUUUCUACUGCUGCUUAAUGAAUAAUCCCAAAACUUGGUAGGUUUGGAUCAUUAUAUUACUUGUCAUGCUUCUGGGGGUGAGGGGGUGAUGGCUUAACUGGACAAUUUCCUCUGUAUUCUAUUGGUUCAGCAGUCAUAAAGGUCAGCUGACAUUCAAGGGAGGAGAACACAGCCCCUACUACUCAUGACAAAGAAUGUGUGUCACAUUAUAAAAAGACCAUGUGAGAUGGGAUAUAUUGAGGCAGUAUCUUUGGAAAAUAUAAUCUGCAACACCGUGAGAGGGAAAAAGAAGACAAAUAUGCAUUAUCUUCUCACCUGAGUUUUUUAUUGUUUUCUGAAGUUACAUGUCAGUCUGCCUCCCACAGACCCAUUUUCUCUAGUAGCCUUUAAUGGACCUUCUUAUUUUUUUCUCACUGGGCCAGCACAAGCCAUUUUUAUCUUCAAAACAAUAAGCAUUAAAUAGUUGAACUUGAACAUCCUUGAACUGCGUCAGCCAGGGGAGCUAUUUAAUCAUGUUAUACAGGAAGUGUCGUGGUAUACAUGUUUCAGACAAAAAGGGAAGGAAAAGGGGAAUGCAAUUUGAUCCUGAGCUUUUGUCAGAAAUUGCUCAUCCCCAGGCAGAAGGAGAUUGUCUUUCUCAUGGACACAGCUCGUCAGAGAAGACAAACUACAGCUCACAAACCAUAUAUAAAUGUGUAUAUAUAGUUACUUAUUGCAACUCUAAUAGCGAAAGAUUAGUAACCACCUAAACUCUAAUGGCUACACAAGCUAAAAGGCAUAGGGGCAGUGAUUUUGCUGGGAGAAACAAGGAUUGGGAAGAGGUGGAAAGGAGAUUUCUCAUUGUAUACUUAGUCACUUUGAUUUUUGAACCAGGUGAAUACUACCUAUUUAAAAAUAAAAUUUUAAAAAUAGAUUAGAGCAAGCACUGACAGAAUGCUCCCCAAAUAGUAAGGUAAUAAGGGCCCUGAUCUGAGGAAAUGCAAAAUCAUUAUGAAAGAAAAACUGUAUGAGAGACACCAUGACAAAUCAGUAGAACUUCGACAAUAAAAGAAAGGGGAUACAGCCAAAAAAGGGAAUAUUUUCUGAGCUUUACCUGGCUUACGGUUUUUUUACUGGUUCUGGAAAUGUGAGACCAUGCUUGUUUGGCAGGCUGAAAAGAAAUGCAAGCUAAGGCAGAGUGCCACCAAGGAGUGUAGCGUGCAUUUCCUUGGGGGAGUUUCCACAGUCCUGGGUCUGCUUCCCCUUAUGCAGACUCACCAUCAGGUUCUUGUCAGCACUCUGAUUAUGUUUCUGUCUCAGGGUCUGACUCAAACCAAGCUUGUGAAUGUGAUCAACUUCUACAAUGGGAUCUGUCCCAGGAACUAGAAUAUUCCAAGUCCAUAUGACUAAUCUUUGUUUUUUAUGGGUGGACCUAUAUAGAAAGCCAAAUAAUAAUCAGGUGCUUGCUCAGUCAGUAAGCGUGGAAUCAGAACAAGAGAAAUGAAAUGAAUGCCCGAUCCUCUUCUCCGUGCCACGGUCUGGCCCUCUUCCCUACCUACACUUGCUUCUCUU